AUGCAGGCUUUCUUUUCCGCAUCGAACGAAGAAGAAGCGCUAAUGUCCGGUACACUCGGCUUCAUCCGCUCCGACUGUUCCAUCAAAAUCAGCGAGCAGAGGCGAAAAUACUGGAUAGAGGAGAAGCACAUCAAGAAGAUCUGCCGACUGAUCGCAUCGCUUACGGGAGACCGCAAAACUUUGAACUGGUCCGUAGUGGAGAACAAGGUAUGA